ACGAGAAACUCACCCACCCCCAAACUCUACGCCACCAACCCUUUCUCUCUCCAAACGUCAUCUUCUGGUCUAAAAUUUCUUGUUCUCCAAUCAAUCCAAUUUUUAUCCUAUCCAAUUUCAGUUCUUAUAAAUAAAAAUACAAAUCAAAAUCUAAAACCCUAGAAUUUCAUUUAGGAAUUAAGAUCAUCAAACAUGGAGUCGAAGAGUGAGAACAGUCCCAAAUCAUCGGUAAUUGAACCUCCAACAAAUCCGAUGGUUAAUCCGCUUCUUACAGACCUUUAUCAGUUAACUAUGGCCUAUGCUUACUGGAAAGCUGGCAAACACAAUGAGCGUGCUGUGUUUGAUUUGUUUUAUCGAAAAAGUCCGUUUAGUGGUGAGUUUACUGUAUUUGCUGGUUUAGAAGAGUGCAUAAGAUUCAUUGCCAAUUUCAAGUUUACGGAAGAUCAUAUUGCUUUUAUCCGAGAAGCCUUGCCUGGUAAAUGCGAGGAAGGUUUUUUGGAUUAUCUUCGACAACUGGAUUGCUCUGAAGUUGAAGUCUAUGCCAUUCCGGAGGGAUCAAUCGUUUUCCCAAGGGUACCCCUAAUAAGAGUGGAAGGACCAGUUGGUGUGGCUCAACUGCUAGAAACAACUCUUGUCAACCUUGUCAAUUUUGCAUCACUGGUAGCUACUAAUGCCGCAAGGCACCGGAUCGUAGCUGGAAAUUCCAAGAUACUACUCGAGUUUGGUCUUAGAAGGGCACAGGGCCCCGAUGGAGGAAUAAGUGCAUCAAAAUACUGCUAUAUGGGUGGUUUUGACGCAACAAGCAAUGUUGCAGCUGGGAGAUUGUUUGGAAUCCCACUCAAGGGAACACAUUCACAUGCUUUUGUCAGCUCAUUUAUGAGUCCCGACGAAAUAGUGGAGAAAUCACUCAGAAGCGCUGAUGGUUUAACUUCUUGUGAGGACUUUCUCGGUCUGGUUCAGUCAUGGUUAAACAAAAUUCAGAGAACGAAAGUUUUGUCUGGUGGGUUUGGUGAUACAAAUUUAAGUGAGUUGGCUGCGUUUACCUCAUAUGCCUUGGCGUUCCCUGCUAAUUUUCUGGCCCUAGUGGACACAUAUGAUGUUUUGAGGAGUGGAAUUCCAAACUUCUGUGCAGUUGCUUUGGCUCUUAGAGAUUUAGGGUACGAGGCAAUGGGCAUUAGGUUGGACUCUGGUGACCUGGCAUAUUUGUCUUGUCAGGCUCGUAAAUGUUUUCAGGCUAUUGAGAAAGAGUUUGAAGUACCAGGUUUUGGAAAGAUGAGUAUUACUGCUAGCAACGACCUCAAUGAGGAAACCUUGGAUCAUUUGAACAAACAGGGUCAUGAAGUUGAUGCAUUUGGAAUAGGAACAUAUCUCGUUACAUGCUUCGCUCAAGCGGCGUUAGGUUGUGUCUUCAAGCUCGUUGAGAUUAACAACCAGCCCCGUAUGAAGUUAUCUGAAGAUGUUUCCAAGGUAUCUAUUCCAUGUAAAAAACAGUGUUACAGACUGUACGGGAAAGAAGGAUACCCGUUAGUAGAUUUGAUGAUAGGAGAAAAUGAACCUGCUCCUAAGGUAGCAGAGAGGAUUCUCUGCCGUCAUCCAUUCAAUGAGUCCAAAAGAGCUUAUGUAGUCCCCCAGCGAGUCGAGGAGCUACUGAAAUGUUAUUGGAGAGGUAGCCCAGUUGAAAUGAGAGAAGAUAUGCUACCUUUGAAGGACAUAAGAGAUCGGUGCACAAGGCAGGUGGCGCAAAUGCGUCCUGACCACAUGAGGAGACUGAAUCCUACACCAUACAAGGUGAGUGUGAGUGCAAAGUUGUAUGACUUCAUUCAUUUCCUAUGGCUCAACGAAGCACCUGUCGGUGAAUUACAAUGAGGUUGUACCGAGGUUAGGCGAAAGAAGAUAGAACUAGUGGUCAGUUAAAAAAGCUGAAAAGAUUGCCAAAUGCAAGCGAACUCCCAUUCAUGUGUACAUGUUACAUAGUUUCCUUUUUUCCCCCUGGUUUUGCCAACUAUAAAUUAUUCUUAUUCAGUGAAAAAUAACAGUGCUUAUUUAUAGUUAAUUUUUGCUAGCAAUUUAGCUGGUAAUACAUUAC